CUCCUCUAUAGAAGACUGAACGGAGGUAAAGAACGACAGACAGAGAUAUCCCACAGCAAGAGAGAGGAGAAUCAGCCUUUGGUCUCAUAGCCUCAUCACCCGGAAAGAAGCAUAUUCUCGGAUCAUUAUUUACCAUUAUCUUUUCUGCAUUUUGUUUAUUUCUUUUUCUUUUUUUUUUUAUAGACAAAUACCCAGCACCGAUAUUGUAAUCUUUUCAUCAUCAGCCUGCAUCCCUCAUCAUCUCCAGCGGUUCUGUGUUUCUAAUCCUGCCUGCCCGGUGUGUUGGAUGUGUCGGCCGAGUGCAGCGGUGCUCGCGGUGCUCACCGCCUGUCUCUGCGGCGCGAGCGUGUGCGCGGCGGCAGGGAGAAGCCAGCAGCUCAAUUACCGACCGGUCAUAGGUGUGUUGGCACAGGAAAAUCUUCCAGGAGACCAGUUUGCCCGUGGCUCCUCGUACAUCGCUGCCUCCUAUGUCAAAUACUUGGAAGGAGCCGGAGCUAGGGUCGUACCCAUAAGAAUAAAUCGUACGGAACAAGAAUACACUAACAUAUUCUACUCAAUAAAUGGGUUGUUGCUGCCGGGAGGAGAUGUAGAUCUUCAAACAUCGCAGUUCAGCCAAGCAGCCAAGAUCUUCUACGACUUGGCACUGAAGGCCAAUGAUGCUGGGGACUACUUCCCCAUCUGGGGAACGUGUCAGGGCUUCCAGCAGCUGUCCGUCCUCACAGCCAACAAAAACCUGCUAACCCUCACUGAUACCAAGGCUGUGGCUCUACCUCUCACUCUCACACCAGCGGCCCAGUCCAGCCGUCUCUUCCGAAGUUUCCCCAAGGAUCUUCUGCAGUCUCUGGCCGAGGAAAACGUCACUUCCAACUUCCACAGAUGGAGUCUGUCUAUGCAGAACUAUAGCCGGAAUGCCAAGCUCAAGAGGUUUUACAAGGUCCUGUCCACUAACAAUGAUGGGAAGAAAGAAUUCAUCUCCACAAUGGAAGCCUACCGCUACCCAUUGUAUGCAGUGCAGUGGCAUCCAGAGAAGAGCCCCUUUGAGUGGAUAGAUAAGCCAGGCAUGAUUCACUCCACCACUGCUGUAAGAGCCUGCUUCUACACUGCCAGCUUCUUUGUCUCUGAAGCCAUGAAGAACCAGCACCAUUUCUCCAGUGCUGUGGAGGAAGAGCGAGCUCUCAUCUAUAACUUCUCUCCCGUCUACAGAGGCAUGCAUGCCAUCUUCGUGCAGAACUAUUACUUUGAUUGAUGGACAGUAUACCGAAGACCAAACAGACCUGGGCUCAGUCUAGUCAGAAUUUGUUAUAAGUAUCGUCAUCUUGGCCCACGUUUAAUACCAAACUUUAUGCUGUCGUCACUUACAGUAGCAUCAAACAUCAAGUCAAUAAUUACCCGUUUAGCUUAGCUCAUUUGCCACAGAUUUGGAAUGCAGUGCCAACAGGACAGUGAGGAAAUGCAGUGAUAAUUAAUACAAGAAGAAUUAAACGUCCUUUUAAGUAUUCGCUGGUUGUCUUGAGUCGAAUGACAGAUAAAGAAAAUAAUACAAAUUGAAUUUACUUUUAAUCAGUGUUUCUCAAACGUUUUCAGAACAAGGACCACUUACCCAAUAAAAAACCAAACCUAACGGACCACCUUACAGCCAAAAUAACCCCAAAAACAAUAGCCUUCUUACUUCAACAGUAUAUUACAAACAACUGCCAAAUCAAAUGACUAGAUCUAAUGACUCUAGAAAUAGCUUACUCACUCAUUGUCUCUUUUGCCAUCUUAAUGCAAGAAGAGGAACAAUGGUGCUGCUUAUACUGAGACAUCAGGGAAGCAAUGUAUGUCAUAAAGCUAUAAUGCGUAGUUUCUGUCUCCCCCAUUAGGAAUUCUAAGCAAUGACACCAACACUGUUGGCGCAUCCUAAUGACGCAAGCACCCCCACCCCUCUCCCACGCUGUUGCUACAGUAGUAGCGUCUAACCCGUCAAAUCAAGGAGGACACGGAGGAUAAUAUAAACAUGAUGGACUCUUCAGAAGAAGUAAUUAUC